AUGGAGAGACUACACUGCAAAUAUUCCAACACCGAGGAAGACGAAGAGGAAGGAACUGGGAGGAGACCGUUACCCACAGACCUAAGCCAGGCACUGAAGACGAGACAGCUCAUUAUAAACUUUGAUGGAAACCAACCUAUUUUGAGUCUCAGAGCUCCGCUGGAUGUCGUUACCUUUCCAUCUAUCGCCUGCCCACGCUGGCCUAUAGAGUGUGAAGUCAUUGGAGACGUCAUUCAUCACAUAGAAUGGGACCCCCCACAGCCGGAACCUUUUUACAAAUACACUGGCAGUGAGAGGAUGCCUCUGCCAACUGGAGAAAAGAAUGGAAAAAUGGUAUACAGUAUGGAUCAUGCAAAAGCAUCUAAGCAUCCAUUUUUUACCUGCUCACGUGUUGGAGGAAGCCAGGGCCCCAUCAGGAAUGCUACUUGGUUUGAUAUUAAAGAGACUGAUUUUGUUCUUGAAUUUGAAUCUCGCUUUGAAAGUGGAAAUCUCCAGAGGGCUGUUCAAGUGGGUCCAUUUGACUAUGAGCUGACCAUCCGCUGUGACAUGUACACCAAAAAACACACACAGUGGUUUUACUUCAGAGUGAGAAACAUGAAGGCUGGGGUGACAUAUCGCUUCACCAUUGUCAACUUGAUGAAGAGCAGCAGUCUGUACAGUUAUGGCAUGAAACCUCUUCUGUAUUCUGAAAGAGCUGCAAAAGAAAAUGGGGUUGGAUGGAAACGGACUGGCUUCAACAUCAGAUAUUACCGCAACUGCAAUGAGAAUACAAAUGAGAAUGACACCAAAUCCCUGUACUGCCUCACCUGGAGUCUUCAGUUCCCUUUCGAAUCAGACACCUGUUUUGUGUCCCAUUGUUACCCCUACACAUAUUCUCGGCUGCAGCGCUACCUGCAACGCAUUUCAUCCAAUCCAAAUGUUGCAUCCUACUGUAAGCUCAGGAUCCUGUGUUAUAGCCUUGCUGGAAACGCCGUGUAUGUGAUGACCGUAACGUCCCAAGGGGACAACAAGUGUGAAGGAACAAACAAAAGAGCGGUAGUGGUGACAGCGCGAGUGCACCCAGGGGAGACAAAUGGAUCCUGGAUGAUGGAGGGAUUCUUGGACUUUCUGCUUGGUAACUCAGCGGAUGCUCAGUUAUUGAGAGAUACCUUUGUUUUUAAGAUUGUGCCAAUGCUUAACCCAGAUGGUGUGAUUGUGGGCAAUUACCGCUGUUCUCUGGCAGGCAGAGACUUGAAUAGAAACUACAAAACAACACUCAAGGAUGCUUUCCCCUGUGUAUGGCACACUCACAAGAUGGUGGAGAAGCUUCUGACAGAGACUGACGUAGUCCUCUACUGCGACUUUCAUGGCCACAACCGCAAAAACAAUGUCUUUAUGUAUGGUUGUAAUAGCCGAAGUGAUGCUUCAAUGAAUGAAAGAAUUUUUCCCCUAAUGAUGAGUAAAAAUGCCAGUAACAAGUUUUCUUUUAAAAGCUGCAAGUUCCGGGUCCAGAAAAGCAAAGAGGGAACUGGACGCAUCGCCAUGUGGAGACUUGGUAUCCAAAACAGCUACACCUUGGAGGCUACCUUUGGGGGCUCCACAUUGGGUGACAGAAGAGGGACGCAUUUCAGCACUCGAGACCUGAAGUCACUUGGCUUCAAUGUUUGUGACACUUUACUAGACUUCUGUGACCCUGAUCCCUCCAAGACGAAUUAUUGCUUGAAGGAGCUGGCGGCUCUGUUGAGCAAACAUGUGAAAGAAAGACUGGGGAAAGAUUUGACAGAUUCAAACUUUACUGUUUCUGACCUGGAAACCAGCACCAGUGGUUCUAAUAGUACUGAUUCUGAUGGACCCCCACUUCAUUUACUUAACCCACCAAACACUAGUCUCCAAAAGAAUCAACUAAAAGAAAGAAAGAAACGUCUGAAGAGUCGUAAGGAAAGAGACAGACUGCGUUCACACCUAAAGGUCCAGGAAAGUGACAACAAAGACAUGCCACUUGAGAAUACAUUGAAACCAAGACAUGUAAUGAAGGAAAAAACGAGUGACCAUGUCAAUCAACUGUCAAGAAAAGCUGUUAUCCCUCCGACUAAUACUCACCCAGGCGAAAUAAGCCAGGUGACUUUGUGGCAUGGUUCAAACCCCGUGAUGAACGGCAGCUUGGAUGAUAUAAAUACUUCAAGCGCAUAUGACAAAAUAAAUUGUUCCCAUUUCAGCCCCCAAAUAACAGUCAAGUCACAUAUGGGGCUAUCUACCAUAACAGUACCAGACAGGUAA